AGCAGAGCAGCUGCGAGCCGGGCGGGAAGGGGGUGGGCGAGGGAGGCGGCAGCGCUCGGAGCGGCGGCAGCCCCGGCUGAGGAGGCAGCAGCCCCGAUUGAGGAGGAGGAGGCAGCCCCGGCUGAGGAGGCAGCAGCCCCGAUUGAGGAGGAGGAGGCAGCCCCGGCUGAGGAGGCUCCGCGGGCGGUGAGCACGGGUGGAGUUCAUUUCUUUUGUUCCUGAGAGCUGACUAGGAGAAAGGGACAUUUCAACUUUUCUUGAUAAAGAUUAUAUCAUCUUACUUAAACUGUGAGACAAGAAUACUUAUUGAAAAUUAAGAGCUCUACAGCUCUAAGACACCACCUGUACCUGUGGAAAAGGGCUUUAGUCCUACAGUGCGUCCUCAGCACCGGUUUGGAGUGAUUUCGCACAAGAUCUUCUGCCUCCUCUGUGCUGCUGUUUGUCAUUGAGCAAAACAUCAAGUAGCAGCCAGUUUUCUAGACAACAUGCCCUUGCGAAGUUCUGGCAAGCUGAGCAUGGAGACCAGAAAGGAUGGUGAGAGUACGGCCCCUGCUCCUCCCCAGAAGAAGCUGUCGUGCCAGUGCCACCACCACUGCCCUGAGGACUCAGUCAACAGCACCUGCAGCACUGAUGGCUACUGCUUCACCAUAAUAGAAGAAGAUGAGUCCGGUGGACAUUUGGUCACCAAGGGAUGUCUUGGAUUAGAGGGCUCAGACUUCCAGUGUCGGGACACUCCUAUUCCACACCAAAGAAGAUCUAUUGAAUGUUGCACAGGCCAGGAUUACUGUAACAGACACCUUCACCCUACACUGCCACCACUGAAGAAUCGAGACUUUGCUGAAGGAAACAUUCACCACAAGGCCCUGCUGAUCUCAGUGACUGUUUGCAGCAUCCUUCUGGUGCUUAUCAUAAUAUUCUGCUACUUCAGAUACAAGCGCCAGGAGACAAGGCCCCACUACAGCAUCGGGCUGGAGCAGGAUGAGACCUACAUUCCCCCUGGAGAGUCCCUGAAGGAUUUGAUCGAGCAGUCCCAGAGCUCAGGGAGCGGUUCUGGGCUCCCUCUCCUGGUUCAAAGGACCAUCGCAAAACAGAUUCAGAUGGUGAAGCAGAUUGGAAAAGGUCGCUAUGGAGAAGUCUGGAUGGGAAAGUGGCGAGGUGAAAAGGUAGCAGUGAAAGUGUUUUUUACUACAGAGGAGGCCAGCUGGUUCAGAGAAACAGAAAUCUACCAGACUGUCCUGAUGAGACAUGAAAAUAUUCUUGGAUUCAUUGCUGCAGAUAUUAAAGGUACAGGAUCUUGGACCCAGCUGUAUCUUAUCACUGACUACCAUGAGAACGGCUCACUUUAUGAUUACCUAAAAUCUACUACUUUGGACACAAAAGCCAUGCUGAAACUGGCUUACUCCUCUGUCAGUGGCUUGUGCCACCUGCACACUGAGAUUUUCAGUACUCAGGGCAAGCCUGCUAUUGCCCACCGAGACCUAAAGAGCAAGAAUAUCCUGGUGAAAAAGAAUGGCACCUGCUGUAUAGCAGAUUUGGGCUUGGCUGUUAAAUUUAUCAGUGACACAAAUGAGGUAGACAUCCCUCCAAAUACCCGUGUAGGAACAAAACGUUAUAUGCCUCCUGAGGUGCUGGAUGAAAGCUUGAAUAGAAAUCACUUUCAGUCCUACAUCAUGGCUGAUAUGUACAGUUUUGGACUCAUCCUUUGGGAGAUAGCAAGGAGAUGUGUUUCAGGAGGCAUAGUUGAGGAAUACCAGCUCCCAUACCACGACCUGGUGCCCAGCGACCCCUCCUACGAGGACAUGCGGGAGAUCGUGUGCAUCAAGAGACUACGCCCCUCGUUUCCCAACAGAUGGAGCAGUGAUGAGUGCCUCCGGCAGAUGGGGAAGCUGAUGAUGGAGUGCUGGGCUCACAGCCCUGCCUCCCGCCUCACAGCCCUGCGCGUCAAGAAAACACUUGCCAAAAUGUCAGAGUCCCAGGACAUUAAACUCUGACUCUGCCAGAGGCAGCUCUGGUGGAGGCCCCUGGAAAUGGACGUUCUUGUGCAGGCAGAGGUCCUGAAGAUGUAUCUAAGUACCUUGAAUGGAGGAGUCACGCUGAAGAGCAGCUGUGAGUGUUGGAGGAGACUGUCCAUUGCAAAAAUCACCUGAGUUUUGACACGCAAGGUUGAAGAGGCUUGUCUGCCCUUGUUUACAUGGGGAAAUACAGUUUUAGUAACUGGUUUAAGAUUAUGCAUGUUGCUUUCCAUGAAAGCCACUUAUUAUUUUAUUAUUAUUAUUAUUGUUAUUAUUAUUAUUUUGGUUGUU